AUGUCCAAAGUCUGUAGAUCAUGGAACUAUGUCUCUAACCACGCCUCAGAUGAAGAUGGCAGGAUCAUUCUCAUCUGGAAAGACCCCUUGAAGCUUCAGAUUGUGCAGCAGAGUAGGCAAUCUAUGGCUUGCAUUCUGACCCUUCCGAAUAAAGCUCCAAUCUACUACACUGCAGUGUACGCUGCAAACACUAGUGAUGAAAGGAUUGAUCUGUGGGCUGAUCUCUUGAAUCUUCAUAGUGGCCUAGAUCUUGAUAAUAAAAACUGGAUGAUUGGUGGAGAUUUCAACCAGAUUCUUCACCCAUCUGAGCACUCUUCGCCAGCGGUGGUAGCUCAUGACAACCUCAUGUACCAAUUUCAAGAUUGCUUACUACAAUGUGGGGUGUUCGAUCUGAGGUUCAAUGGGCUUUCUCACUCCUGGACUAAUAACCAACCAGCCAACCCUAUUGGAAAAAAGCUUGACCGUUUGCUUGUCAACUCCACAUUGAUCUCCUCUUACCCACAAGCCUUCGCUUCCUACUCCCCUCAACUCUUCUCCGACCAUUGUCCCUGCCUAGUACAAGCGCUCCAAUCACCGUCACCGCAGCUGUACCAGGAAGAAAGAGACCUCCAUGACAGAUGGCUAUUCCUGAGACAAAUCGAGGAGUGUUUCUUUAGGCAGAAGUCGCGUAUUAAUUGGCUAAGUGAAGGAGACUUCAAUACCACAUUUUCCCACCGAAUGUGCCAAGUGAGGGAAAGCUACAACGCCAUUCGCUCUUUCUUGUCGUCAAAUGGGCUUCUGAUCACUGAUCCCCUAGAGAUGAGUCAACUAGCGGUAGCGCACUUCAAGUCAAUCCUAGGGCCUGAGAUUUACUUAGCUCCAGCUACUUUCACUCUUCAUCACUGGUUUCUUGAUCUUAUUCCCUUCCGAUGUGCCCUGCAACAAUCACAAUUCAUGCUUUCAGUCCCAAGUGCAGAUGAUAUAAGAGCGAUAUUCUAUAAACUGAACCCAAAUAAAGCACCUGGCCCGGACGAACUAACAUCAGGUUUCUUUAAAGCAGCUUGGGACACUAUAGGUCAGGAGGUGGUGGAAUCGAUAUCAGCUUUCUUUACUAUAUGCUUUCUUCCAGCUACUGCUAACGCUACUAUCUUAUCCCUCGUCCCAAAAUUCCCUGGAGCUUCAAAACUAUCAGAUUACCGGCCUAUAUCGUGCUUAAAUGCUGUGUACAAGGUGAUCUCUAGACUUUUGGUGGCAAGGCUGAAACCUAUUCUUCAUGAUCUCAUCCUACCAUGUCAAACAGCGUUCGUUAAAGAUCGUCUACUGGUGGAAAACACUGUCUUAGCUAGUGAACUAGUUCACGGUUACCACAAGAACAAGGGGACGCCAAAAAUUACCAUUAAAGUAGACAUUGCGAAAGCCUUCGACACACUCUCUUGGGAAUUCCUCUUCACUUGCCUUGAAAGCUUGCAGUUGCCGCAGCACUUCAUCUCUCUUCUCAGAGCAUGUAUCUGCAAAACAAGCUUCAUGGUCGGUUACAAUGGUACAGUAAAUGGGUACUUCAAAGGAAAACGAGGGCUAAGACAAGGGGAUCCUCUUUCCCCUUAUCUUUUUGUGAUUGCCAUGAACUGUCUAUCUUUUAUGCUAAACUCGGCAGCAGCGCAGGAGAAGUUCAAGUAUCAUGCAAACUGUAAGAAAAUGAAAAUGACUCACCUCUGUUUUGCUGAUGACCUUCUAAUUUUCAUAGAUGGGUCAUUGGAAUCUGUCCAACAAGUGCUUCAUGUCCUAAAGGAGUUUGAAAAAAGAUCGGGUCUGUCCAUGAGUAUGCAAAAAACGACCUUCUAUGCCUCAGGUGUAUCAUCUCAGGUAAUUGACACUAUCCAAGCAUCAACGGGAAUGGUCUGCGGUGAGCUCCCAGUCAGGUCUGGAUCUGUGUGGGUGGCUUGGUUCAAAGAGGUUAUUCUGAAGGGUUCGAUCCACAACUAUUGGACAACAAAACCGAAAGCAUCUUACUCUUGGCUUGCCAACAAGCUUCUCAAGCUCAAGGAUGUAGUGUACCCGCUCAUAAAACUUCGAUUGGAGAAUGGUCUUUCGGCUAGGUUCUGGUUUGAUAACUGGUCUCCUCUCGGGAAUGUGGCCACAUUACUAAACCUAUCAUCUUCAGGACUGGGAAUCCCCCAAUCUGCAACUGUGGCUUCUCUGUUCCAGAACGAUUCAUGGCGUUUACGUCCUGCAAGAUCAGAACAACAAUUACAAUUACAAGCACAUCUCACCACUAUCACUUUAACUACUGAUCCGGACUACUUUGAAUGGGAAAUUGCAGGUAAAACCUCCACUAGAUUCUCUACAGGGGAGGUCUAUACAUACAUGCGAGGUACAAUUGAAGAAGUAAAUUGGGCGGCAUCUGUCUGGACUUCAUAUGGAAUUCCUCGUCACAACUUUCAUUCAUGGUUAGUAGUUCUGAACAGAUGUCCAACAAGGGACCGUCUCCUGCGGUGGGGACUCUCUGUAUCAGCUAUGUGCUUACUGUGUAACAAUGCCCCUGAAUCUCGCGAUCAUCUCUACUUCGAAUGUGAUUAUGCUUAUGAUGUCUGGGCUAUCACUGCAAGAAGAUGCUCUUUGAUCCCCUCUCGCCGCUGGACGGACACACUGCUGCAGAUGAAUCGACUCCCCACUGGCCGAGCUUCAAGACACCUUAGACUCCUCACCUUACUAUCUUGGCAGUCUGUGCUCUACUGGAUUUGGAACGAGAGGAACGCUAGACUGCACUCAAACACCUUUCGAUUAUCAGAUGUACUCUUCCGAUCCGUUGAUCUCCAAAUCAGGAACAAAACACAAAGCUUCAGAGAUUCUAACCCAAGACUCUCCUCCGCCAUGUUGCAAUCAUGGUUCCGGAAUGCAUGA